AUGGCGUUACCAGACGACGUAUCAGUUUGCGUCACUUUUCAAGUUUUCAUGUGUAGUGGACCUUCAAGCCUUUCUUCUGAUGCAAAAGAAGAUGAAGCGGUAAGCGUCGAUCAGUCUCUUAAACGCAACUUAAUGACCAGAAUUUCAACUGUACGACAGUCACUACCUGUCAGUGAAAACGAAACAUCAGUCACUUGUCGCUUCGUCUAUAAGGGAAGGCCUCUCACCGUUGGCUUAGAACCUACGCAAUCGCUCGGACGAACGGACAAACAAACAAAUCUAAGUUUGGGCGCACCUGCAAAAGAUAGUGAACGAAGCAGUUUGGGGAAAGUAAAAAACUCUGGUGUGCAGUGCUUUUAUUUUGGUAAGUUAAUAUUUCAUCCAACAUUUCUACGUUCCCUUAAAAUUGCUUUGCCGGAACCAGAAGAUUUUGUCGAAUUCUAA